CAUCAUUAUUAUGUUUUUUAUUAUUUUUUUGACGGCACAGCAAUCCGGGGCUAUUCCCAAAAGAUCCGGGGCUAUAGCCUUGAAUGCCCCGGUCUAACGACGCGCCUGCUCAGAGUACUUUGAUUUUCAACCAACUCAGUUGCACAAUUAGGCUGGAGUCAAUAACCUGCAGGUUAAAACAUCUCUCAGUAGCCAACAUGCAGAAGCACGGGACCAUGCUGUCUGCUUUGUGGAUUUUGCUUCUCCAUGUUUCUCCUCUCAGAUCCAUGAAAUUUAAUCUUUUCGAAAGCCCGUUGCAGUUACAGCCCCUGCCAGAGGGGGGUGCUGCAGCACCCUCAGCACACCCCCUUCCCGCAUCCCUGCCGAAGGGAGGGUUGAAGACCGGUCACCUGGGCCAGGUGAAGGUCUACCCUCACUUGGUAGGGGGAGCCGUGUGUCACAAUGACUGGGAUCCGCCCGCGUGGACGGUGUGUCAUCAGCUGCACUCCCAAGGAGCCAUAUUUGCUGCCAAUGGAAAGGCGUUUAACGAAGAAAAUUACGGAAAUAGCCUGCCGGAGAACUGUCGCAAGUACAUGGUGUGGAACUUCCAGAACCUCACAACCUCCAGGGCCUGGUCUUCUGUGUCGGCGAAACUGCUGGAGGCCCUUCUGUCUCACUCUGACCUGGUGGUGCCGGACGAGACCUUCGUCCUUGGAGCGCUUGAGGACUGGAUCUCAAAGGUGAACCCGACGAGCUGUAAGGAGCAACAGGCCGCCUUGUUGACCCUCGUCCGCUUCCCUAUGAUCCCCGCUACGGAUCUCUACAAGCUACAGUUCACCUCCGCCUUCCUCUUCACCCAUAAGGCUCUGUAUCAGGAGAAACUUCUGAAAGGGUUCGCGGCUCACUUGCUGCCCUUCGGCAUUCUGAAGAACAGCUCCACCUUCCAGAGAAACGACCGGGAUUACCAGCCCAGGAUUUACACCGGAUCGCCGUGGAGCGUUGCUUAUGGAAACUCGUCGAGACCGUGGACAAGUCAAACUCACAUCACACCUGUCCACACAAGCGCUAUCUUGGAGGAAAAAAAGGUUCACUGGCAGCUGGACCUCUUCAACAAUCAUAGCGACUGUUCCGACAGUGGCGUGCGGUGUGAUUCACUGCCUGCGGCCAGAAUGACAAUGGCCACGUACAACUUCCAGUACCAGGAAAUCUUCCGCUACUGCAACCGUCUGCUGUUAAGCUGCCAAGGAAGAUUCAUCCACGUCAUGGACUUCAAGGAUAAUCUCGCUUGUCCUGUGUCCUGUAUGCAACGUACCCCUGCAACGUACCCCUGCGCCGGUGGAAGGUAUGACUACCACUUUGUGGUGAGGCCUGAAAACAUUUAAGCCGACCGCCUCUCGCUGGUUGUUGGGGGGGGAUCGUGGUGGUUGGGAAUGUAAGAUUGGUGAUGGGCCACCAUAGUGGUGUUUAUAUGCAAUAGCCUUUAUGAUUGCUGCCUUUGAGGGUGACGGUUUUUCCAGAGUCUGAAACUGGGUUUGUUCUUGGUUUGGUUUAUUGCCUGCCUCUGGUUACUGGGAUAAAACCCUAUUUAACUCAUGAGAAAGCCAACGCGGCCUUUCAAUGAAAUGCAUCAAGAUCUUAGUAAAGUAACUCUCAUUAGUAUGUUAAUGUAUGCUUUGAAGACUUCAAAUAAAAAGCAAUUUAAAUAAAUCAAAGAA